GAACUUUCAUGGUCUCCGAUUUACGCAUCUCAUGAUUUGUUCUCUCCGGAAUCCGAAAUCAGGCGAGAAUUAAGGAGUAUCGAAGCUAGAAUCGUUGCCGCCGAAUAGUGCUGUGUAGUCAGAGGAUCGCCGGAGGCGAUCGUGAUGGAGGCUCACGGUGCAGGAUUCCGGCGAAUUCUGUUGUUGGCGUUCUGUGUCGCCGGGAUUUGGGCCGCGUACAUCUACCAAGGCGUUCUCCAAGAGACUCUGUCCACGAAGAGAUUCGGUCCGGACGGGAAGAGAUUCGAGCAUCUUGCAUUCCUUAACUUGGCGCAGAAUGUAGUGUGCUUAAUUUGGUCUUAUAUAAUGAUCAAGCUCUGGUCUAAUGGAGGAAGCGGUGGAGCGCCCUGGUGGACUUACUGGAGCGCAGGAAUUACUAAUACGAUUGGUCCAGCAAUGGGCAUCGAAGCCUUGAAAUAUAUCAGUUACCCAGCUCAGGUCCUGGCAAAAUCUUCAAAAAUGAUUCCAGUUAUGCUGAUGGGAACCUUAGUGUAUGGCAUAAGAUACACUAUUCCCGAGUAUAUUUGCACCCUCCUUGUCGCCGGAGGAGUAUCUAUGUUUGCUCUCCUUAAGACAAGCUCUAAGACAAUCAACAAGCUAGCGCAUCCAAAUGCUCCCCUCGGUUAUGGGCUUUGCUUCUUGAACCUCGCCUUUGAUGGAUUCACAAACGCCACCCAGGAUUCUAUUGCCGUAAGGUAUCCGAAAACAAAUGCAUGGGACAUAAUGCUGGGGAUGAACUUAUGGGGCACCAUAUACAACAUGAUCUACAUGUUUGGUUGGCCAAAUGCAAUUGGGUUCGAAGCUGUUCAGUUCUGCAAACAACACCCAGAGGCGACAUGGGACAUUCUCAUGUACUGUCUAUGUGGCGCAGUGGGCCAAAACUUCAUCUUUCUUACGAUUAGUCGAUUCGGGUCACUGGCUAACACAACCAUAACCACAACCCGUAAGUUUGUGAGCAUCGUGGUCUCCUCGGUUCUGAGCGGGAAUCCACUCUCCUGGAAGCAGUGGGGAUGUGUUUCAAUGGUGUUUGGUGGGUUAUCUUACCAGAUUUACCUCAAAUGGAGGAAGUUGCAGAGAAUGCAGAAGAAGAAAAGGCCUUGAAAUUUUUUACAUUUUGGAACUUUUUUUUCCUCGCCUCUAUCUACAGCCAAAAUAUCAUCAAUUUGUUAAUUCCUGAGGAAUUUUUUGUUGUUUUAAACUUAGAGAAAGCUCAGGAGGCAGUGGUAAAAUGUAACUAUCUCCAUUAGAAGCUCACAGAUAGUAAUCUUUAUGUAAGCUAAUCCGUAGACUUGUAUUGAUCAUUAAGAUUCAACACUUGUAUGCUUUAGUUUAUUUAUAUCGUUGCGGGCGCACCAA